GCCGCGGCUGCAGGAAGAUGGCGGCGGCCGUAGUAGCUUCGGUUUUGAGGGUCAACCUCGGGCGGCUGGCGUCUGAGUGCCGCCGCAGCAUCCUCAGAGCACCCGGCCCCGGAGCGGCUCCCCUCUGGUCCGCUGCUCGGCAGCUCUGCUCCCAGAGCUCUUCACUUCCACAAGGAUACGUUCCUAAGACCUCCCUGAGCUCGCCACCUUGGCCAGAGGUCGUGCUGCCCGACCCCGUUGAGGAGGUGAAGCACCACGCAGAGGUCGUGGGCAAGGUGAAUGAGCUGAUCGCCACGGGCCAGUACGGUAGGCUCUUUGCUGUGGUGCACUUCGCCGGCCACCAGUGGAAAGUGACCAGUGAGGACCUGAUUUUGAUUGAGAAUGAGCUGGAUGCCGCCUGUGGCGAGAGGAUCCGCCUGGAGAAGGUCCUGCUGGUUGGGUCUGACAACUUCACGUUAGUUGGCAAGCCGCUCCUUGGAAAGGAUCUUGUUCGAGUAGAAGCCACAGUCAUUGAAAAGACAGAAUCAUGGCCAAAAAUCAAUAUGAAAUUUAAGAAAAGGAGAAACUACAGGAGAAAAAAAAUUAUUGUCACAGCACAGACUGUGCUCCGGAUAAACACCAUCGAGAUUGCGCCCUGCCUGUGACUGGAACUCAUGUUGACAGAAGCAGAAAAAUAAACUCUGCUUUUCCAAGGA